UUUCUCAUUCUGUCUCUCAUCCAGGUUUAUUCUGCAUUCUUAAAACGGGAGGAAUAUAUUUGGACGCCAGGCGAGUCGUUCACACACCUGGGUAGAUCAUCAUGACGUCACAAACUAACACAUUCUGUAUACUUUGUAUCACGUUUCUCUUUGCAACAUUCCACACAGUCACUUCAACCAGUACACCCGCUGCUGUGCUGCCUCCAUGUGCUAGCCAUCCGUGUGAGAAUGGAGGCACCUGUAUCGAAUAUACCUCAGCAUUCCAGUGUCGAUGUACCAAUGAUUUCACAGGACUUAGAUGUGAAAUACCAGUAUCAAAUACAGCGUCUGUAUGUGAUGAUAAUCCCUGCGCUCACGGUGCCUGUGUGAGUUCAGCUUCGGACCGUUUCACAUGUAUGUGCCCCGGAGGGUGGAGGGGGACAGCAUGUGAGAUAGAUGUGAACGAGUGCAACGGAGAGAGGGGCCCGAACCCCUGCACCAACGGGACAGUCUGCAUCAAUGAAGAUGGGGGAUACCGAUGUGAAGCUCCUUGUGCCAGCCCUAGCCCUUGUCUAAACGGAGGUUCUUGCUCGACGAGAAAUACAAAGCCUUACUACACGUGCGAGUGCAUGCCAAACUACGAAGGAGAAACAUGUGAUAUUGUUGUUGAAAGAGACGAUCCUUGCCGAUCGGUGGCGAACAUGUGUCUGAAUGGAGGCACGUGUUUCUCGUUCGGAGGGGCAGCUCUGUGUUAUUGCAUGCCUGGAUUCCAAGGCCAGCACUGUGAGAUUGACACAGAUGUUUGUCAGACCAUUACAUGCCAAAAUGGCGGCACUUGUGAGAAGUCACGUGAUCAAACAGCGUCGUGCAUUUGCCCUCCCUAUUAUAGUGGCUUGCAAUGUGACCUAUUUUUGUUAUCUCCCUGUGAUAGCUUGCCUUGUAAUGCAUCUGCUACUUGUAUUGAAGAUUUAACACUGGAUAGUGGUUUCGUAUGCAUGUCGCCAUGUGUGAAAGGACCUUGUCAGCAUGGUGCAACCUGCGUGCACAACCAGAGCACCCCUCUUGGCUUCACCUGUGAAUGCACAGAAACCUACCAAGGAUUAUUGUGUGAAAAUAUGAUACCCCCGUGUUCGAAGGAACCGUGUCUCAACGGUGCUACUUGUCAGCCAGAUGAAACUGCGUCAACCGGUUACCAAUGCUUAUGCGAUCAAGGAUUUGAGGGACUAACGUGUGAAGUAUAUGUUAUCUCUCCAUGUUCUGAAGAUCCGUGUCUCAAUGGUGGGACCUGUCAACCCAACGACACGGCGUCAACCGGUUACCAAUGCUUAUGCGAUCAAGGGUUUGAGGGACCAACGUGUGAAAUAGCUGUAAUCUCACCAUGCACAAGCAACCCUUGUGAUAAUGGAGGAACCUGUGAGGCUGAAGGGGGCGCUCUUGCAGAAUAUAAUUGCAUCUGUCAGAAAGGAUAUAGAGGAACGCAAUGUGAAAUUGUUCUUCAUGCAGUCUGUACUUUUGAAGGUGUAACAUAUCAAGAAGGCAGUGAAAGAAAGGAAGAUUGUAAUAUGUGUCAUUGUCAGCAAGGUUCAUGGCACUGUACAGACAAAUUUUGCGGUGAAUUCAUGGUUUCAUUUGCCUUUGCCAAUACCAAUUCUAAUGAAAAUGACGAUGAUGAGGAGGAAUUUUCAAAUACACUCAAAGAAGACAUUGCUGAAUAUUUUGAUAUCAAUGUCAACAUGAUUCAAGUACUAACGGUAUCUGGUAAUCCUGCUCAGGUACAGUUCCAGUUACAAGACACACUAGACUCUGAGGUUGAUAUAGAAAACGUUGCUGCAGAUAUGUUAAGACAGUUUGUGACAGGUACAUAUGCAUUCCACUACAACCAAGCCUCAUAUUCCAUCAAUUCUCGGACGGUGGUCAUCGAACGUCGAGAUAGUGACAACCACGCUAACAAUCUCACUCAUAAAGAUGAUGGUCAACAGUUCAUUAGUACAACAUUGCUAAUUGUGUGUAUUGUUGUCAGUACAAUACUGGUCUUUGCAGUUCUCUUUGGCAUAGCAAUUAUUGUGGUCUACAAAAGAAGAUCAAGGAAAGAACAGAUUUAUUGCAGAAAAGACAAGAAUACAAAUGCGUCAAAUAAUGUGGCAGGAGGUGCAAUAAAAUACCAUAAGAACGUGUACAAUCCUGUCCCGCCGUGUCCACCAGCGAGAGAUGUACCUGUAGAAGUAGCUGAAAUUAGGUUACAAAAUGGCGCCGGAAAACAUGAUGUUAACAUCAACAUGGAAGCCAGAGUAUAGAACAUGGAGGAUCAAGUGUCUUCUGACCGUUCCUGAAAAAAAAUGCUCAAGAAACAAUCGAGAAUGGUCUCCAGAACUUGACAAGGACAAUUUGUAUUCGUGAAACUCUUGCCAUAGUUGUACAUUGUGGACCUAAACGCUGCAGUUCGUCUUGUUUGGGAGAAGUUAGGUGUUUUCAUAUUGUGGACAUAGAAGAUGGAUUUGAGAUCCCGAGGAGAGAAACUCUUGUGUAUACAUAUAAGACUAAGCUGUGAUAUUAAAAGAAAUGAGUGAAUAACAUGUUCCUUGGUGUCAUGCACCAAUAGACACCAGUGUAUGGAUUAAAGUUAACUAUUGGACAAUGUGCUCCAGUUAUUUGGGUGUAUAUCUGGGCAUUUUAUACUCAUCAUUGUGGCAAGCUAUUUCUUCAUAAGGAAAUACUCUGGGACAGAAGCACCACUGCCACACUAUCGCCAUCUUUUCCAAAUGCUUAACUCUUUUGCCGCAAGAAAACACGAUGAACUAGAACAUUCAUUCUACCUUUAUUCCAAACUAUUUACAGCAACUUCAACAUAUUUUUCUUGGAUAUCCUUGAUUGAGUUUGGAAACAGUUAUAUACAAUAUCGUCAUUGUCAAGUGAUUACAACAACUGCUGCCAUAAGACCAAAGUGUGUGCCCUAAGACCAAAGGACAGAAAAGAGUUGAUUGCAAUAAAUGUUUUAACAAACUAUGAGACCACGGGCAACCAACCUUUAUGAUAUUUCAAGUGAUAAAAACAAAUACAAAAGGUGAAAACAAGGUCAAAAGAAUGAAGAGGAGUCUUAAAAAAACAAUACUGUGUCAUGCCUAAUUUUUUCAUUCACGGUAUAAAAUGAAGUCACCUGAAAAGUAAUUUUGCCCCCACACCCAUCAAUACCCUGACGUCAUUCCUCUCUAUGUCAUUAUGAUGUUCUUGAACAUUAAUAUCUCAAUAUUUUCUUAGUAUUAUUCACAUCUGAAAUUUGACAAAUCAGCAUCAUUAACCGAUUUGAUGAACAAGUUCAAUUUCAUGUAUUUUUCUUUUCAACUCAUACGAAAUUCGAAUUCAAAUGAUAUAAUACAUCAUAGUAUAUCCAUCAUAUAUUAUUGUAUCAUGUAUUUAUCAUUUCAUAUAUUACUAAUAACUAAGAUGGAUGAUGGAUUUUGCUAAUAAGAUUAUAUUUAUUGCUUUUGAUUAUGAAAGUUAUUCUUGCCAACAUUCCGUUUCAAACUCUUUUCUAGCUAAUCAUCUUAAGGAAAGGGAGUAUAUUCCUAUCCCCUCUUUAUCCCCCUUUUCAAGAUCUGUGACGAAAACAUACAGAAUAUAAUUUUGUUGGUGUGUUAUAUGAAUUUUCUUUAUUAUUAUUUAAGAUGUCAAUAUGCUAAUGAUUCUUCAAAAUUUAAUUGAGAUUUCCACUUGAGCCAAUUACUUGUAUUGCAACUUUGUUGAAAGUGUUUAAACUUUGCACUAUUUAAAUAAACAGAUGGCAUCAUACCUUUCAUUUCCAACCAUUAUAAAGUAUCGGUUGGAUCAAUGAAGAUAAAAAAGAAAUCUGCAUUUUUUAUCUUUUGAUACAAAAAGGUAUGUAGAUUUUCAGUUAAAACAUUUCCAAGUUUGUUUUAGUCAUUCAUAAGAAUAUCCAGAUCGAACUAAAAUAACAAUAUUUAACAAUUUCCUUGAUUUUAAAUACAAACCUAGUUGAUUUUUGGUGGAGAGCUGUCAAACUCUGCAUAAAAGCUAUUCAAACGUAGUAAAUAUGUAGUAAAAUAUGUGCCUAAAUCAUAAAUUCCUUGUAAUUAAUAACUGUUUUGUGUCAAUUUGUGAAUGUAUGUACUGCUGUUGAAUAAAUCCAAUAAUAUAGAAAAUAUCACAUAAAAUAAUAAUUAUUUUACAUAUGAUCUGGCCAAUAUACAAAAGUUUUACUUGUGGAUACGACUCAAUACUUUGGCUUGUUCAUAUAAUAAUGCUAAAUAAUAUCAAUAAAAAUUUAACACUUAUGGGCAUUAAAUAUAGCUGCAAGAAAUGCUUGAACGAAAUAUCAGUUGUAAAAUUUAAUGUUUACGUUUUAAUGUGUCCCAAAUUUAGAAGAUAAAACGCACUUGCAAAAAAAGUAUUGAUAUCAAAAGCAUGCACAAAGUUUUAAUGAGUCUUGUUUGUAAAUUUGAAUGAUGAAAAGUGAGAUCGUGAUUUUCUGAAAGUUCUUUUUUAUCUUGUUCAACUUAAGUAAAUGUUAAAUGGCACUGGAGCUUUUACAAUAAUAUUUUGCUUUUUUCUUGGAAAAAAUGAAAUGUGCAAUUCACAAGUUGUAAUUUUAUACAACACUACUAUUUUAUAUUGUUCUCAUCUAAAAUAUGUAAAUUAUCGAUGUGCGUUUGUCUUAUUUGUAAAUGAUUUAAUCUGUUAGCAUUUUAAAUACUAUUUUGAAAAUUAGGAGCAUAAUUGUUGAGGUUUCGUGGUGUAGCUCCAUAUAAAAAUUUAUCAAAGUGAAACCAUAACAGUUGUUAAAUGAAUUUCACAUUCUAAUUUUGAUAUUGUUUUGUUAGCCAAAAGAAAAUGAAGAUAAAAUCUCACAAAAUAAUGUAUUCUUUAUUCAUAUUGCAUUUUGUAUUCCCGCACCACCCUUAAUGCCGAGUUGAAUAAAAGUUGUCACUAUUUUGCUUGCUAUGUGUAGAAAUAAGACCUGCAAAUAAACAUAUACGAAGAAUGAUAUGUACAAAUUGUAUUUAAUUAUGAGAUCUUCCAAUUAUGAAGUUUACACGUUAAUCUGUAUAUUUGGGUACCUGUCCGAAAUGAUUUGAAUAAAUUCUGUUUUAUACGAAAUAAAAUGUAA